AUAUUCGAUUGUUUCGUUAGUUCUCUGAAUACGUCUUGGGCUAGAAGCUAGUAGAGAAGAAUAUAGGUUCUCAUGAAUUUUGAUCCUAUGUUGACUAGUUAGACUGUUCCAAGAUUUUUUGUUCGAUAGAAAUCGUUAAUGCCUGAAUACGUAACAUGUUUGAAUUUUAGCAUUGCAGCACUAUAUAAUUUAACGAGUACGUCAAGUACAAUCUAUAAGAUUCGGAAAAUAGCAUUCAAGAUCAAUGCUACUGAAUAUGACAAAUUUAUUUGUAGAACACCAAAAUAUAACUGGAACAGCCAGGGUGCAUUCUGACCGGGGGAUUUACCUAAAGAACAAUAUAAUUUUAACUUAUUGUGGUUUUGAUAUGAACAACAGAGCACCCAUAUUUUUCUGACAAGUACUGAAAAUGCUAUUCAUGACCUUUAAGGUAGAUAAGGUUCUAUUCUAGGAAUUAUCUGACCAGAAAAGAUGGCAUACUUUUCAUAUGUUUGUCUUCAGACUCGAAUUUCAAAUUAGCAUAUCCAGGCCUAACAACGAUGUUUAGAUUUAAUAUGAUAUAUUGUCCAUUAAAUUCUUCUUUUUCAAUCUAUAACUGAUAGUCUAAAUUUGUAGCAGGUUGUAGCAAUGUCAGGUAUAAAUCAGAUUCGGAUAUAUUAUGGUCAGGGAGAGGUAGUUAAUGGGCCGUCGGGGGCUGAUUUAGAUCCUUUUCCUCAUAUCACCAUUGAUCAUCCGCAUCCUGAGAGUGCGAGCAUAAGGGAUCUGAAGGAUUGGUUUAUGGCGAUGCUUCAACUAGAUGCAAAUCUGUGUUCGGUCACGGUUCAUUGCAUGUAUAUUACAGGCAUUAAUCCAGUCGUAUAUGAACUUCGAGUUGCAGACCGAACAUAUAAGUGGAGAAAAUGGGUAGAGUGGUGUAGGCGGUGCAAUGUUCCGUUAACUAUUCUUGUGCAGCCAUGUGCAACGUACCCAUGGCAGAACAAACACCCACACCAGAAACACUACACAACACUUGACCAUGUCGUCCUCCGGAGGAGCCUACAUUCCAUGGAGUAAGGUGAGGGAAAACGUACCCGAAGGAAUCGAGACACCUAUGUGCUUUUGGGGUUCCUUGUGCAAGCUCAUGAAAUCCAGGGUAUUGUGGGACGACUUCGGCAAGAGGUUCUUCAUGUGCGAGAACUUCGAGUACGACCCGCCCAAGCGUUAUGGCAAGGAUCGAGCAAAGGUACUAGAAAACACUAUCACAGUUUGUCACUUUUGAAUCUGAUACAGACUGGCUAACAUGUUUUGGGGAAAGACUCCACCGCCUCUAUGUGAUUUCGUGCAGUGGUUAGACAUCGAGCAAUCUCAGGAGGACAAGGACCACGUUGAGUGUGAAGCAAGGUGGGCUGCAGAAAGGUGGCGGCGAAUGCAGCACGAGGAACAGAUGGAGGAGAAGCGCAAGAAAGACCAGAAAGAUAUUCGGAAGAGGUUUGCAGAAGUUGAAUGGUAGGAGGCAGAUGAACGUGAAGCUGAUAGGGAGAGGAAGCGAGAGAGGGCCCGGCGUGCAAAGGAAGCAGGGCCUGAAGCUAUUAGAAAGGGAAAAUAUCCCCGGUGCACGCAGUAAAGCACCACCACGUAAUCCUGGCAAUUUACAUUUCCUAAGGCGUGUUAGGUUUAGACACAACACGAGGUUAUCGUGUUGCACAUGCCACUGCAUUUCGUUGUUGAAGUACCUAGUUCAGAGCAAAGGUCUCAGCGUUAUGUACCGUAGCAAUAGAAACGCUUUAGGCCUCUGCUUUUUUAUCGCACCACUGUUUCGAAGAUUGUCACCAUGUAUUGCAAGCCGGGAAUUUAUGGUUCGUAACAUUGUCAGUGUACACCCACCUUUGCAGACCAACUACAGGCACCAUUUCCCGACAGACAUGACAAUACAUGCCAGUGCUAUGUUUUAUCAUUUGCGGAACAUGUUUCUGAAAAAUCAAUGAAACCACACAACACUGAAAAGGCUAUGGAUUCUAAGUAGGCUUUUCAGAUUUAGACUUUUCAGUCAUAGCGACUAGUCUUUGCAGUGUCUGUCCAACUAGACUUUGCAGUCCUAUGGCCGUAGGCUGUUCAGGUUCAUUUAUGCCUCCACUCACAGGAUACUAACACGCCUCUUCCUAUAUAUACACGCAAUGCUUCAAAUGCAACUUCAAAACCACAACUCAGCUCAAGUAAAUAUAUCUGGAGGGUCUUCUAGUGCAAAGGGUUUCGGCCGCGGGAGUGGAAAGGAGGGCAGGAAGGGUCCUCCUAUAGUGUGGGAGGACAGACCUACUGUUGGUCCGGAGUUCUUUGGUGAAGCUGUGUAUGAGUUUCCAGCUGAGUGCAAGUUUGAUUUCACCAAAGACAGCCCACUGAGGGGAUACGAUAAUCGCAGAGAAGAGUGGCCAAAAUGUUCGCAUGGUGAGGACUGCGUAGUGCAGAUGAUGACUGAGAGCACGGAUGGAGGUCGUCGGUUCUUCAGAUGCCCGCGAGCAUGGUCUUCCGAGGCUCCGGAAGGCUGCAAGUUUGCUAGAUGGGUCGAUCCUCUUCCUAUUCAUCCGCAUGCGGAGUACACCUACUACCUGCAGAAUCGUAUCUUCGAUUUAGAAAUGGCAGUAAGCGCCGGUGACAUUGAAGAUAAUAUCAACAGUGAUGAUAUCGAUUCACAGGAGGUACUCUACACUGAUUCCUAUUGCAAGUGCCCAUAUCACAAGAACAAGGGUCCUCCGACUCCUCCUCCUCCUCCCCCGCAGCCGCCAACAAGCAUCGGAGGAUGCUAUGGAGAAGGUUCAACUUAGUUUGCGCGGUGGGAUCAGUACUAAGUCCAUUGCCGCUUUCUGUAACAUUAGAUCGUUUGUCGUGAUUUAAAUUCCCUGGGGCAUGUUAGGUUUAGUUGUGGCAUCUCUGCCAUUACAUACCACUGUUUGAAUUGUGUUGUUUCGAUUCUCUAAGACAUGUUAAGUUUAGUUAUGGCACUUGUGCCAUUACAUGCCCUGCAACAGUUCUGUAAUUUAAAUUUCCUAAGUGGCCAUGCCUUCCAUUCCAUGUCACAAUGGCUCGCUAUGGUACCCUCCUCCCAAAGUUCACAUCCAUACAUAUUUUUCACGGAAUGAAAGGAGAUCCUUUAAUUGUUUGGCUAGUGAACAAAAUGAGAAAAGUAAUACACCCUCGCAGUACCAGUUAUCCUCCACUUUAAACGCGGGUCAAUCAUUAUUUAAUAAGACAUGUUGAUAGUUCUUAAUUGAGUAGGAAGGAAACGUGACUCACUAAUGGAAGGAUCCAAAAACAUUGAAAGUUUAAUUGGGAUCACGAACAGAUCCAAAAAAGUUCAAGGCAUUACAAUUGAAGUUUGCAAAUAUUCAAUGCUGGCAUAAAACUCUUAGAAACACUCUUAUUUCAUGACAAAUUCAAAAUCUCCCUGAACCAGCAGAAGCCUUGUUCAUUCCUCGUUUCUUGACUAAAGCGACGGUCCGCUCCUAUAGCUCGACGCUCUACUCGGAGUUCCAGAUGUAACACAAUAGAUCAACUGUCACACACAUAUAAAACAACAUUGCAAUCUUCAAAUUUGGAAAAAAA